GUAGUCCCUACCAUCAACGCAUUGGAGAGAGGAAUUGUCGACGGUGCAUUGUUUCCGUUGGCAGUCGUCGUCGCUGGUGGCAUCGUGCUUGGUCGAGUGUCUGAGUUUGAAUACACGCUUUUGCACUGCAGACGACGAUGGCGGAAGACGAGACAGCAAGACUAUGGAAAGUUAACAGGACGAUACACGAACUCGUCAAGGACAGGGGGUACCAAGUGUCAGACGAUGAAAUACACAUGGACCUUGUAACUUUCCGUGCUCACUACACGAAUAACGGAGGGGUAGUCGACCGAAAUCAACUCAACUUUUUCACAAAUUCGCGAGAGAACCCCGCAGACCAAAUCUUCGUCUUCUUCUCCGACGAACGAAGUGUUGGCGUGAAGACCAUGCGAAGGUUGGUUGGUAUCCUAGAAGAAAAAUCUAUUAUGAGGGGUAUUAUUAUCUUCCCUGGAAACAUGACCCCUUCUGCACGAAAGGUCAUUGCAGCGAUGUCUGCUCAAUAUCGCCUAGAGGAGUUUUCCGAGGCCGACCUACUUGUUAAUAUUACCCACCACACCCUCGUACCCCGUCACGAAGUCCUCUCGCCGGAACAGAAAAAGCAACUACUCGAAAAAUACCGCCUGAAGGAGACACAACUUCCCCGCAUUCAGCUCGCGGAUCCAGUUGCACGUUACUACGGUCUCCGUCGCGGCCAAGUUGUGAAAAUCACACGUCCCAGCGAGACUAGUGGCCGUUAUGCUAGUUAUCGGAUAUGUUUCUGAAUGCUGCGUAUUCGCUCCCGCUUCUUUCAUUUUGCAAGGCUUGCUUGUACAGCCGCCAAAUGUAUUCCAGCGACGCACGCUGGAUGACUAGUAGGUGUUAACCUGCGUAUUUACCAAACCAAAUCGGUUGUCCUUGGCGCGGGAACUACUAGGCACAUGACCCACUUUCUUUCUAGGUUUCGGAUCUGCGCC